AGUGCAGUGCAGUUCGACACUUGGACGUCUGAGCCGGAUUGUGAGCCGAUCGAGCCCGCUUCAGCGUCGGGUGUUGGUGUUUUUCAGUGUUUUAACUUUGUUUUAACACGAUUCGCGCAAGUUGGUGGUGUUUGCGGACAAGUCACAGCCAGUUCCGGCGUUUUGGGGCGGCGGUGGACGCGAAGUAGCGCGAGCGAGCGCGACUCGACGCGACGCAAUGUGCGAGAAUGACGUUGACCCGGCUGUCCGUAAUGGCGUUCGAUUCUCAUCCGCAAGCGAGCGAUGGCUGGCCGAAGAAUAGCGCUCGCUGAACCCGCUGAUCUCUCGGCCUCUCGCUGGCUAUGACGAGUGUCGGUGGUGCGCGAAUGUGCCAAGCCGUGCUGACCGCGUGAUCAACCCCCGCGACGUGUGUGUGUGCGUUUUCGUGGCGUUCGUGGUGCGAUUUGCGAACGCCAGCACCCUCAGGACCCCCAGGAGCGGUAUGCGGAUGCUACCUGUGUGUGACCGUCGUCGUUUCUGCACGUAAUUAAAAUUAAUAUAACCAGUGUGUUGGUUGCGUGUGCAGACUUCUUCCAAGUUUACACUUUAAUACAAUUACGAUAAGUAACAGCAGCCAGAGGAGAUCGAGAUCCACUGCUGCACAUUUGUACAUACAAAUUACAUACUGUUACUGUGAUAAUACUAAAACGAUGUGAUAUUUAAGCAUAAAUUGCUUCUCUUUCGUUCAGUGUAUGAGACAUUGAGAGACGUGAACAAUAAUCACUGGCAUCUACACCAUCACCAUUCACUUAAGGAUUAAUAGACAAACUUAAAUCGAGUAGGACAUACAGUCACUUUACUCAAUUACACAAUGGAUCCAAAGAAGAAUUCAAAGCGGCACGGACAGGGCACCGGUAGCGAGACGCAGUCGUCCCGACACUCGAUGAAUUCCGGAUCGGGUGUGCUGAUGGUUGGCCCGAAUUUUCGGGUCGGCAAGAAGAUAGGAUGUGGCAACUUUGGCGAGCUGCGGCUCGGCAAAAACCUCUACAACAACGAGCAUGUUGCCAUCAAGAUGGAGCCGAUGAAGUCGAAAGCGCCCCAGCUGCACUUGGAGUACCGUUUCUACAAGCUGCUGGGAUGCCACGAGGGCAUCCCCGACGUGUACUACUUUGGGCCAUGCGGCAAGAACAAUGCGCUGGUGAUGGAGCUGCUCGGGCCCAGCUUGGAGGACCUGUUCGACUUGUGCGAUCGUCGCUUUACGCUGAAAACGGUGCUCAUGAUCGCCAUGCAGCUGCUGCAUCGCAUCGAGUACGUGCAUGGCAGGCAUCUCAUCUAUCGCGACGUUAAGCCGGAGAAUUUCCUCAUUGGGCGCAGUAACACGAAACGGGAGAAAGUCAUUCACAUUAUAGAUUUUGGGCUGGCGAAAGAAUAUAUCGAACUAGAAACCAACAAACACAUUCCGUACAGAGAACACAAAUCGCUGACCGGUACUGCGCGCUAUAUGUCCAUCAACACUCAUCUCGGCAAGGAACAGUCGCGACGAGACGAUCUCGAGGCUUUGGGGCACAUGUUCAUGUACUUCCUAAGGGGUUCGCUACCUUGGCAGGGUUUAAAGGCGGACACCCUAAAAGAACGUUACCAAAAAAUCGGAGACACCAAACGAGCGACGCCCAUUGAUGUCUUGUGCGAGGGCCACCCGGAAGAAAUGGCCACGUACCUACGGUACGUGCGUCGUCUCGAUUUUUUCGAAACGCCCGACUACGAGUAUCUGCGCAAACUCUUUAUGGAUCUAUUUCAAAAACGAGGCUACGACGAUGGCGAGUUUGACUGGACAGGCAAAACGAUGCCACCGAAUAUUUACAUGUUGCAACAAGUUCGUCAUUUGCCACCAUCUAACGUGGUAAAAACCAAAUCGGCAAAGAGUUCGCCAGUUGUAUCCAUUCAGACACACAAUGAGGUGUUAGUAUCCCCGAAUCGUGACAGACUUGCGGGCAAUAAGGCGAACGCCGGUAAAGCGAACGCAUGGCCUGAAACUUCUAAGCAGAGCACGCUGGGUAAUCUUACGCCCGCCGACCGCCACGGCUCGGUGCAAGUGGUGAGCUCGACCAACGGCGAAUUGAACGCGGACGACCCUACCGCCGGCCAUAGCAAUACCCCCAUCACCACGCGUCUGGAUAGCGAUCCACCCGAUGAAACUAACUCCUUUUACAGAUGCUGCUGCUUCUUCAAACGAAAGAAGAAGAAGAAAGGCGUGCGCACCAAAUGACUACAGUAUAACGAGACGGACCAGCACCUGACGUUGUUACCGUGCGGUCACAGUAGCGCCGCUACUCUCAACUGACUCUAGUUUUAAAUCAAGACCAACGUACAGUUGUUAUUAUGUUAUGUACUAUUUAACUAGGUAAAACAAAUAUGUAGGUUAGCCUUAAUUUAAUACCUUUAAGAAUGCGUAAUUUUAAGUCGUUAUCAUAUCUAUGAAUGUCGGAUGGUUGCGGCGAAGACUCGCAGUAGUUGUGAAUCGAAACUUGGAUAUCGUUGUCAUUCGUAUAUCUGCAUGAACAUAUAAUAACAAGCCUUACUCGCAAUUCCAAGUAAUUAGGAUAUAAAAGUAUAUGAUAUAUCAACUAAUGUGCAAGCAGAACAAACAGAUGCCUCCGCUCAUGGUCCGUCGUUGCGCGGCGCGACCAAACACGAUUUUAAGCUAUGAGUCGUUACCUAAUGCAGUAAGUAAAUGGAAGGCAAUAUUUAUGAUAAACAAACCAAAAAGAUACUGCAAUUAGAAGUUGAUAGAAAUUUUAAUCACAUUGUAAACAAACUAUUUGUCUUAUUUUAAUAUUUAUAUAACAUUCGUCAUUUAAUCACUUUUAUUUAUAUAUCCUUUUUCUUUGUAAACGAAAUGCAAACAGAAAAGGCAAAUUUGAUUUGUACAUUUAGAGAGUAAGGUCCAUUAAUUAAUGAUUGAACGCAACUAUUUCCACCUGAAAAGAUCCCAGUCAGAUUCGGUAGAUUUGCAGUAAGAAACACUGUUGUAAAUAAUUAAACAAUAACAGCCUCUGUCACCUUUAACUUACUCUAAUUAUCAUAGGGCACUGCAUUAUUUUAAAUGCCAAAUUUUAUUACCAUUUUUUUAUAGGAGUUAUACAAACUGAAAGUUUUGUGCUGCUUAGAAUAAUCGAAAAUACAAAAAAAAUUAAUACUAAAGCUAACUAUAAUUAAUUGCAAAAUCGUGGAGAAAUACAAUGUUAAUCGAUUAACAAAAAAAACAAAGACGUGUGUAAUAUGAAUAUUGGGUAAUUUUGUUCGUCAGAUUGAAACAGAAAGGUUCGUUCACUCAUUGCGAGCCAAGAAAAAAUGUAAUUAAAUUUAUGAACUAUUUGAUAAACAAGUCAAAAAUAAACCUCAACGCUAUAGAUAAUCAA